AUGGAUGAAACAAAUCACUUUGUGGUAUCAGAGUUUGUGUUCCUGGGAGUCUCCAAUUCCUGGGAGAUCCAACUUGUCCUCUCUGUGUUCUCUUCCAUGUUUUUUGUGGCAAGCUUGAUGGCAAACUCCUUCAUUGUUCUUACAGUGACUUCUGACCCUCACUUAUACUCGCUGUACUUCCUGUUGGCCAAUCUCUCCUUUAUUGACUUGGGUAUUUCUUUUGUCUUUUCCCCCAAGAUGAUUGAUGACCUUUUCAGAAAACACAAAAUCAUCUCCUUUGGAGGCUGCAUUGCUCAGAUCUUCUUUCUUCAUGUCAUCGGUGGUGUGGGGAUGGUGUUACUCAUAGCCAUGGCCUUUGACAGAUAUGUGGCCAUCUGUAAACCUCUCCACUAUUUUACUAUAAUGAACCCAAAAAUGUGUAUUUUACUCUCAGUUUCUGCAUGGAUAAUUGGUUUGAUCCACUCUGCCAUUCAACUAUUUUUUGUUAUACAAUUGCCAUUUUGUGGCCGUAAUGUACUGGACACAUUUUACUGUGAUCUCCCUAAAUUUAUCAAACUUGCCUGCACAGACACCUAUAGACUAGAGUUUAUGGUCACAGCCAACAGUGGUUUUUUAUCUCUGGGGUCAUUCUUCAUAUUGACCACCUCCUACAUUUUUAUCCUGAUCACUGUUCAGAAACACUCCUCAUGUGGCUCAUCCAAGGCUCUCUCUAAUUUAUCAAGUCAUAUCAUGGUGAUGAUAUUGUUCUUUGGUCCUUGCAUUUUUGUUUAUACCUGGCCUUACCCCACAUCACACCUAGAAAAAUAUCUUGCAUUUUUUGAUGCAGUUCUUACUCCUUUUCUGAAUGCAGUCAUCUACACUUUCAGGAACAAAGAGAUGAAAAUGGCUAUGAGGAGAGUAUGCAGUCAACUUUUUGUUUAUAAAAGAAUUUCUUAA